AUGGCGCUCAGCAGAUUUUUACCUGCCCCAAAUCAGCUUGCUCAGGAACCGCCUGAGGCUGAGGAAAAGGCAAGGUCCCAGAAGUCCCCAAAGACCUCACUGGUUUCCUCCUGAAGAGAACCUCCUGCAUAUGGGUACAGGAAAGGUUGGAUACCUCGCUUAUUAGAGGAAUUUGGAGAUGGAGGUGCUUUUCCAGAGAUCCACGUGGCCCAGUAUCCACUGGCUAUGGGACAGAAGGAAAAAAUGUCAAAUGCACUGUCCAUUCAGGUGGACACUGAAGGAAAAAUCAAGUAUGAUGCAAUUGCUCGACAAGGACAGCCCAAAGACAAGGUCAUUUACAGCAAGUACCAUGACCUAGUGCCCAAAGAAGCCUCGAAGGCAGAUGACCCAGACCUCCAGAGACCCAAUGAAGAAGCCAUUCGAGAGGUAACAGAAAAGACCAGACGAGCCUUCAAGAGGUCUGUGUCUCAGAAGCUUGCUGCCGCCAUGCCUCCCCGAGAGGCUGACAAGCAGGUUCCUGCUCAGUAUAUCCAAUACACUUCAGCUCAGCAAGGAGCAGCUUUCAACCCAGGAGCCAAACAGAGGGUUAUCCAGGUGGUGCAAAUACAGAAAGAUCCCAUGGAGCCUCCGAGAUUCAAAAUUAAUAAGAAAAUUCCUCAGGGACCACCUUCUCCUCCUGCACCCGUCAUGCAUUCCCCCAGCCGGAAGAUGACUGUGAAGGAGCAACAAGCAUGGAAGAUUCCUCCUUGUAUCUCCAAGUGGAAGAACGCGAGGGGUUACACAGUUCCCUUAGACAAGCGCCUGGCUGCCGAUGGAAGGGGAGUGCAGACCGUGCGCAUCAGUGAGAACUUUUCCCGGCUGGCAGAAGCGCUGUACAUCGCCGACCGGAAGGCUCGUGGAGCUGUGGAAAUGCGUGCUCGGGUAGAGAGAAAGAUGGCUCAGAGAGAAAAGGAGAAACGUGAGGAGAUGCUCAGAGAAAUGGCCCAGAGAGCCAGGGGGAGGAGAGCUGGCCUCAAACCUCACAUUGAGGAAGAAAAUGUAGACGCACGCGAGAGGGAUGAGAUCCGGGAUGACAGGCAAAAAGAGAGACGGCAUGACCGCAAUCUUUCCAGGGCAGUGCUCAAGAAACGGCCUAAAUUUCAUGAAAACCGAGAUAUCAGUGAAGUGACUGCACUUGGUGUGGCCAACCCUCGGCCUUCCUAUGGUAUUCAGUACGACCAGAGGCUCUUCAACCAAACCGAGGGGAUGGACAGCGGCUUUGCAGCAGGAGAAGAUGGAAUAUACAACGUUUACGACCAAGCAUGGAGAAGUGGCAAAUGUAGGGCCCCCAGCAUUUUCAGGCCCAGCAAAAAUUCGGACAAGGACACGGAUGGUGGUGACCUCGAAGCCAGAAGAAAGACCCACAGAUCUGUUCCCAAUAAGGAGUUUUCUGGUUCAGAUCCUAGGCAGCGAGGCCGAGAGGGACCAGUUCAGUUCGAAGAGAAUCCUUUUGGCUUGGACAAGUUUCUGGAAGAAGCCAAACAACACAGUGGCUCCAAAAGACCUUCAGGUAGCAGCUGUCCCAAGGAACGUGAGCACGAAAGCAAGAAGAGAAGAAUGGAAUAG